CACCCACGGAUGGUUGGUCUCCACCUGCUGUGACUUCUACCUCCCUAUCAGAAACUCUACCUUUUUUUACUGCAUCAAGCAUCUUUUCUCAGACUGAUCAAAGUGCCACAGACACAAUGUCCAUUGGCCAGACAGUACUAAUCCCACAGCUUACUGUCCCCACUGAUGAUCAUUCUGCCAUCAGCCCAUUGGUUCCGGAAAUUUCACACUUGCCUACAUCUUCAGAAGACCGGUUGAGUACCAGCAGCCAAGAUACAAUGGAAGACUCAGAUGGAGUGGAUCUCACUAGGACUCCUACCUCCUCUGAGGCCCCAGGAUUCAGUGGGCAUGUUUCCAGCCCGGAUUAUUUCCUGGAGAACAUCACUCCUGAUCCAGGUUUGCACUACGUCACCACCAGCACCAUGACUAUCGCUGCCAGGGGCCGAGAGUUGGUGGUGUUCUUCAGUUUGCGUGUGGCCAAUGUGCCCUUCUCCACUGACCUGUUUAACAAGAGCUCGCUUGAAUAUCAAGCUCUGGAGCAGCGAUUCACACAACUGCUGGUUCCAUAUCUUCGAUCCAAUCUUACGGGUUUUAAGCAACUUGAGAUACUUAACUUCAGAAAUGGGAGCGUGAUUGUGAAUAGCAAAGUGAGGUUUGCUAAAUCAGUGCCAUAUAACCUCACCAAGGCUGUGCGAGGUGUCUUGGAGGAUUUUCGUUCCACGGCAGCCCAGCAACUUGAUCUGGAAAUAGAUAGCUACUCUCUCGACGUUGAACCAGCGGAUCAAGCAGAUGCCUGCAAAUUCCUGGCCUGCGGCGAAUUCGCCCAGUGUGUGAGGAAUGAGUGGACUGAGGAAGCUGAGUGUCGCUGUCGAUCGGGGGACCCAGGCCCUUGUGCUCCCAUAGAGGACUGUGAAGACAUCCCGGGGAAGGGAACACCGUGCAGGUGAGGCCAGCAUCCCAGCACUGAGACCCGAGAAUCCGUUCCUUAGGCUUCUGAGAUACCCAUCAUUAGAAUGUCUUCACAUGGUCCCUUAAACCCAUGAUUCUUAAACUUCAGGGAGCAUCUGUCAGAGAAGUACUUGUGGAAACACAUGUGGCCAGGCCAUGAGAGGCUGUUUCUGAUUCACUCAGUCUGGGUAGGGCCCAGGCCUGGCUGCUGCUGCUGGGCCAAGGACCACACUUUGAGAACCACUUGUCCUCAGCCUUUUCACAGUGUUUCAUUAAGACCAAUAAGGAAAGAAAAAUGAGCCUAUAUCAGUUUCUAAUGAUAUCUAAUGGUCACUUACCCCAAUUUCCCACUGGGGGGCUCAUGGCUAGCUGCUUACACAAUCAACAAGAAAGGAGAGAAAUUUAGCCCUUUUCUUGAUGAAACAUACCCUGUUACUUUCAAGUAUCUUAAAGACCAUUAUCCAGUAGGGGUUAAGAA